CCGAGCCGGUGGGGAAGCCCGGGCCGGGCGGGCGGGAGCGGAGCCGCGGCCCCGAGCGCCAUGGAGGCAGACCCAGAGGAGAAAGGGGUGGGCAGCCCUGGCCACUCCGAGGACCCCCGGAACCCCGCGCCGUCCACCCCCGUACUCCCGCAGCUUCCGCGCCGCCCGCAGCCCCUGGACGAGGCCGCCGGGCCCAGGGAGGACGAGGACGCGGCGGCGGUGGGCGCCGAGGGAAACGAACCGGAUCCGGAGGAGCCCCCAGCCCAGGCCCCCGCGGCUGGCGAGGCCAGGCUGGGGCCCAAGGCGGCGGCUAGCGGGGUCCCCCCAAUCGGCUUCGUAGGCGAGCCGCCGCCCUACGCACCGCCCGACCCCAAGGGCGUGCACCUGCUGUACCCGCCCUUCCCGCAGGUGCCGGUGCUGUUUCCCGCCGCGCCCGCGCCCCCCGCAGCCUUCCCGCCGCCCGGGCCGCUCUACCCCGCCGCGCCCGCCUUCCCCUUCCCGGUGUACAACAGCCCAGUGGCUGGCUUGCAGGCCGCCCCCACGGUGGAGCACAGGGCCCUGCCCAAGGACUACAUGGUGGAGUCCGUGCUGGCCACGCUCUUCUGCUGUCUGCUGACGGGGCUUAUCGCCAUUGUGUACUCCCAUGAGACCCGUGCAGCCCUGGGCAGGGGCGACCUGGCGCAGGCGGAGGAGGCCUCACGGAAGGCUCGCUCACUGGUUCUGUUUAGCCUGCUCUUUGGGGUCUUCGUGUCCACCAGCUGGGUCAUCUACGUGGUGGUGGCACUCUACCUCCCCUGAGGCUGUGGGGACGGCAGCGCACCCAGGGGUAACCAGUCAGACCUUUUCUGUGGAUUUUGAGCCCUGCCAGUGGCCAGCUGUUGCCUACAGAGGGGACCCAGCAGCCCUCAGCAGACUUGUGGUUGGACCUCAGCCCCGACAGGUAGCCCAGUGAGGCUUCCAGCAGUCCCCUCAUGUGGGGUGACCCAGACCAGCCGUGGGACAGGGUUGAGGUGUCUUCUCCAAGGUCUUCCUGGGAAUCCGGCCUUCACCUUUAUAUCCCUCAGAGUCCGUCAGAAGAACCAUAAGCCCUCACUGUCUCCAGAGCCAUCUGGAAGGACAUCACCAGCCCUGGGCUCCCCCACCUUUACCCCAGGAACUUCGGGUGAUCCGGCUGCCGGUGUGGAGAGGAGCCACUCCCUCCUCUCUGCCUAGUAGCUCCUGGCUGGUUGUUCCUGCACCCCCACCCCACCCAGGAGACGGGUCCUCUCAUGCUGACCCCUCGUCCAGAAAUCCGGGGGCUGCGUUUGGUCCACAGCGACACCAACAGAGCUUCAUGUUGCUACUUUGGGAACACGGCUACUUCCUGGCUCACUUCCAGAGCAAGUGGCAUCAUCUGUCCACAGCUGGACUGCAGGGCUCCCUGCCUGCCCCUCUGAGGUGCUGCUGGCACUCGGGGCAGCUCUAGCUCGCUCUCUGCAGCUCCGCUGGGCUGUCCUUCCGCUGCUCCCUGCAUCCCUUCUCUGGGCAGCUUAAUGAGAACCUUCUCUCCCGUCCUACUGCUGGGCUUCUGCUUACUGCUCUCUCAGUGUUUUUCAGCUUCUGCCUCGCCCCACCUGAGCUGUUGCUCACUCCCUCUGUCUCUACUCCCCACAGCUGGAGGAUCAGCUGGGCUCCCAUUCAGCAAAAGCCACCCUGACUUGGGGGUUGCACAUGGGCACCCUUGUGUCAGACACCUGGCACCCCAGGCCGGUUAGCUUUAGUCUUGAGAACACUUCAUUUAAACAAGAUUCAAAGCUGCCUGUAGAGAGGAAGGGGGCCCCUGGCUGAGCCGUAAAAGCCCCAUAGCUUGAAUCCAGUCAGGGGCUGUCUGGGCAGCCUGUGUGCUGUCACAGCCCUGGGGUGGGAGCCCCAUCUUGGGGGUCUGGAGACACAGGAGUGAGGAAGUAAGUGCUGAGCAGCUUGGGGGCGGUGAGGUGGUCCCUGUUCCAGGACGGGCUGGUUCAGAGUUACAAUUAAAAUGCAUGAUAACCACACAAAAAAGGAGGAGGAAUCUUUUUAGGGAUCGAUAGAUGCCAAAAUUUUUGAUAGAAUCCAGCAGGCACGGUGACAGUCUCUAGAUGAGUGCUCCUUAAACUGCCGAGUGCACACAAAUUACCUGGGGAAUGGCAGAUGGGGUUUGGCUUCUGAUUCUGAAAGCAGGGCCUGAGUCUGCAUGUCUGAUAUUCCCAGGUGAUGCUGAAGGUGGCAGUCAAACCAACAGCAAGUUAAGUGAGAAAUUAUUAAAACUGUUAAAAAGCUUCGAAA